AUGGCAACUCAUGGUGAAUUCAAACGAUUGGUGCUCAAGCAAUUUCCGCCCACAAACGAAGUAGAAACGGCUGAAAAUACCUAUUGGAAGAAGUUCCAUGCACCUCAAGAACUACAGCAAGUAGGACCCGUUACACACAUUGAUGUGUCUCCUGUAGCACCAUAUCAAGUAGCUAUUACUUCUUCUACUCGGAUUCAUCUCUAUAGCACGACGACAAGUGAAAUUAUCAAGACUUUUAGUCGCUUCCGUGAUGUCGUGUAUUCAGGCACAUUUCGAUCGGAUGGAAAGCUCUUGGUCGCUGGUGGAGAAGCACCUUUUGUUCAGGUACUGGAUAUCAAUACUCGUGCAAUUCUGCGGUCUUUUAAGGGUCAUACGGGUGCUAUCCAUAGCACCCGUUUUUCGCUCGAUAAUGUGCACGUGCUUUCGUGUUCCGAUGAUAAGACGGCUCGUUACUGGGACUUGCCAACGGGUAAACCUUUGGCUCUGCUAGGAGAUCAUACAGAUUACGUGAGGUCGUCGGCAGUCAACCCGUCAUCACACAACGUUUGGGCCACGGGCUCGUACGACCACACUGUUAAGCUCUGGGACCUACGCACGUCGGACCAGACAGUAUCCAAGAGCACUGUCAGUUUGGACCACGGCGCUCCAGUGGAGGCAUGUAUGAUCAUGCCAGGAGGUAGCUUACUACUUUCUGCUGGUGGCAGCACGGUAAAGGUGUGGGACAUUCUAAGUGGUGGACGUCUGCUGCACUCGUUUUCUAGCCACCAGAAGACUAUCACGAGCUUGGGGCUAGAUGGCACCGGUACGCGGUUAAUGUCGGGAUCGCUCGAUGGACAUCUUAAGAUUUACGAUUUGAAGACGUACGAACUGUCUCACGGAUUCAAGUACAAGAGUGGUGUGCUAGCCUUUGGCAUGUCGCCCACAAAUGGACACCUUUUUGCUGGUACGGUCGACGGGAUCUUGUCUGUGCGUCGGCGUACUCUGAAAAGAGCAGAGCAGAAUGAAUUUAAAACUCGUCAAGCUAUCAUUCGCGGCGGCAGCUACAAAUACUUUUUGCGUGGUAAGAAUGCAAAACCGGCUGCUGCGGACUUCAUGGUGACUACGAUACGUCAUAAGCGUAUCCAGCCGUACGACCGGGCCCUGCGAAAGUUUGACUAUAAGAAAGCACUGAACGAGGCUCUGGAUACGCGCUCACCGGUCAUUGUCGCUAGCAUGCUUGAAGAGUUGCGUCUGCGGGUUGGACUCAAACGUGCACUAGGAGGUCGCGACGAGGAAUCACUCGAGCCGCUGCUAGCUUUUCUCAUUAAAUACGUGACGGACCCGAAGUAUGCCUUGCUGCUUACUCACGUGUGCACGAUCGUAUGUGACCUGUAUGCGCCGAAGCUCAGCCAGUCCAUGCUUAUCGAUGGCUUGUUCAUCAAGCUGCUUGAGAAACUCAACGAGGAGCUGCGCGACCAGAAGCAAGUGCUGGGUGUUGUGGGUAUGAUGGACUCGCUCAUGGCUGCACAGUCCAACGGCACUUUUGAUGUCGAAGCCAGCAAUUAG